AUGAAAUUGACCAUAAACAUGCGCAUUGCCCUUGCAGCUGGUGAGAAGCUAGAUGAGGAGGAGUUUGCUAACUUUCUUCUUGAUCUCGGAGAUGGCAAAAUUGCACACGUCUCCGGCCCUGGAUGCGGUGAAUAUGCUAUCUCACUCCCAGAUUCGUUCAUUCUGCCAGGCAAUGAUCUUUGCAACUUGGUUGACUGGGUCUAUCCUCACCUCCACGAGAACCUACAGAACCCACACUGGCUAUGCGAACGCUCAAUUCUCUGUCCCACUAACGCUGAAGUAGACACAGUCAACCACUAUGUCACAGAGAAAUUUCCAGGAGAUCGACAUGACUACUUUAGCACGGACAGCCUUGCUGCAGAUGAUAAUAGCUUCGAGAUUCCAGUUGAAUACCUCAACACGCUUUGCCCCUCAGGCAUGCCACCUCAUCGGAUAUCUCUGAAAAUCGGUAUGAUUAUCAUGCUCCUGAGAAACUUCGAUCAGAUUCAUGGCCACUGUAACGGCUCCCGGUAUAUAGUUAGGCAGCUGCUGCUUCAUCUGGUCGUCGCUGAGUUAGUGUCUGGAGUCCAUGCUGGUCGACAGCUGCUCAUUCCGCGCAUCUCCAUUUCGCCGAGUGAGAAGAUCUUUCCUUUCACCAUGAUACGCCGCCAGUUUCCAAUCCGCCCUUGCUUUGCGAUGACAGUCAACAAGUCACAAGGACAGUCCCUUCACCGUGUCGGCGUCUACACGGUCAAAGACUUCUUCAGUCACGGCCAGUUCUACGUCACUGCUAGCCGCGUGGGAAGUGCUCGGCAGCUAAAGAUUCUAGCUGUAGACGCCAAGGACACAAGUAAACGUUCUGUCAUGAACAAUGUGGUCUACACAGAGGUUCUCACCACCUAG